GCUUUCUUUUUCUUUCUCUCUCCUUCCUUCCUUCCUUUCUCCUCCUCUUGUUCUUCUUCCUCCUCCUCCUUUUCUUCUUUUUCCCUCUUCCUCUUCCUCUCUCCUUCUCCUUCUUCUUCUUUUGGAGACAUGGUCUAACUCUGUUGCUCAUGCUGAAGUAGAGUGCACAUGAUCAUAGCUCACUGCAGCCUUGAAUUCCUGGGCUCAAACAAUGCUCCCACCUCAGCCUCUCAAGUAGCUGGGACUACAGCCACAUGCCACUACACCCAACUAAUGUGUGUGUGUGUGUGUGUGUGUGUGUGUGUGUGUGUGUAUGCUUUCUGUAGACAAGAGGAGUGGGAAGUCUCACUUUGUUGGCCAGGCUGGUCUGGAACUCCUGCCUUCCUCCUCGGCCUCCCACAGUGCUAUGAUUACAGACAUGAGCCACUGCACCCGACCUCGGCUUCUUCUUAGUAAGAGCCCAGGCUAGUAUAAAAUCAAAGUCAACUGAUUUAAUAAUAUUGAUCAAAAUUGCCAAGGGUAAGGGCUAGUGUGGACCAGGGAGCAGAAACAAGAUGAAUGUGGAAGAGUAAGGUUAACUUUUGAAACCUUUGCCAAUCUGAUAACUGAAUAGCACAAAAAUAAGAAUUUGACAUUUCUCUCACUAGUAUAUAAAUAUAUCCUUCACUUUCCUUUCACUGUAGUAAAUCCAAGGUGCACAUUAAUUGUAGUAAAAUGUGUGCAUUGCAGUGAGUAAAGAGAACACAAAGAAAAGGGUGGGUCAAUUUCUUUUAAUAUGCUUAAUUCUCCAUUGACAACAGAUCAAACAAAGCUGAAAUGAAAGGCCAGAGAGAAAUUGUUCCCAAGGAUUUUCUCUUUGAGGAGCUGUCUCUGAGAACUCAUUUAAGAAAGAACAGUGUCAGGUCUAAGCCUGUAGGUAGCAAAGAAUGAAGUACAAACCAGAAUUGUUAAGAUGACAUCAUAAAUUCAGACACUACUGAUGUCUGUUCACAGGACUAUUCAGCUGUUUAGCAGUGCUACUCAACAUAUAGAAUCCGAAACAUUUUUUUUUUUCAGAUGGCGAAUACUUUUUGGAUUUUUACAUAACCUUGGAAUGAGUCACUAUUUAAGAAAAAUGUCCAAAUUCAGAAAAUAUAUGUAUCUCUUACAAUCUUUUCAUUUACUAUAGUAGUGAAUCUCAUUAAAGUUUUAAGAAUACAGAAAUACAUGCUGAAAGAUAUACAGUAUUUCUAAAUCUGAUAACCAAGGCAUAUUUAGCUGCUUUUUUGCAAAGGAAUAUUUUCAGGUCUCAGCUGAUUUGCUUCUCUAUUUAGCAAAGUUAUAGGAAACUUUUGCCACUAUCUUGUUACGUGCAGAGACUGUAGAUUAACUUGCUGUAAUUUCAACUUUAAAACCAUAUGUGUCCUUUGUUGCUCAAAUUCUCACUAAUUGAAAUCUAAAAUUUAGGAAUCAAAUGAAUUUGAUAACACAGCAUCCGUGUUGUACCAACCUGCUAUGAAAGAUUUCACUCUAUAAACUGUAUGAUGAAGGACAUUUUUACAUAACAGUCUUGGUAAAACAAAAUGCCUCACUUAUAAAAUAUAUUUGGCUGCUAGUAACAGAGAAUGUAAUUAAUUGUGGCUUUAAGAGAAUGAAAGUUAUUCUUCUUGAAUGUAAGACAAUUCUAGAGGGAGGCAGGCCAGAUCUGGUAGGAGAGAGUGACAGUCAACAAGAACACAGAAGAUUCUUUGUCUUUCUUUUCCAUGAUCCUAAUUUGAGGUUUUCAUCAUUUAGAUAGCCUCAGGUCCAAGAUAGCAACUGAAACUCCAGGCAUCACACCUUCAUUCCAACGAAAACAGGAGUUGGGGUAGGGAAAUAGAAAAGGAUCAUCAUCCCCACUAUCUAGCCCCACUUAAGAAACCUUUCACGAAGACUCACCCAAUUUUUCAUAUCGUUGGUUGAAACUUACUCACAUGGCCACAUCUAGCUGCAAAGGAAGUAGAAAUGUGACCUUUUAGCUGAGCACCUUGCCACAUCAAAUAAAAUCUUGUUGUAUUGUUAAGAAUAAAAAUUAUUGUGUAGCAACUAUCUACUGAAAACUAUCAUUAAAGCAUUACCAACACCUAUGUGCCAAUAUAAUUAUCUUAAUGAAUGACUUUUGAAUAAUUCUUUUUCUGGAAUUCAUUAUAUUACUGUUCCCAUUAUUAACAUACAAUGUAAGAGUUAACUCCUUCAUUGGCACAUCCCUAAAUAAAGGUCACCAUACUGACCUAACCUAUUCUGAAAACACAUAACAGAUACAUUGAAGUUUUACGAUAAAGCUGUUGUUGUGCAGUAGCACUUAGUGAAAGGGUUAAUCUGUUUUGGAUCCCAAACAUGAGGCUAUGAUUUUCAGGCAGCUCCAAAGAGUAGUUUAGGCUGGAAGUGAAGGGGCUUUAAUUAUCCUGUAAUCUCACUGAGCAUCCCUGCCCUCUCGCCCUGCCUGCCAAUUUGCUAUGAAUACCUUUCUUGAAUUUGUUUUAAAAAAUCCAGCAGAACAGAAUAAAACAAACAAAGCCUGGUAUGCAAGCUCAGCUUACAGCCCCCCUUGCACCAUCUUCCCACCAGACUGCAGAUUCUGGCCCUAAAUUUAUUUAAUGUGGAAAGUCUGGAGUUGCCUGUGUUGUGAUUGCAGAAAUAUAUAAAGGACAUAGAAGGUGGUCCCCCUUUGUGGAUCAGUAUGAGAGAAUAUCUCCUGCACAUGCUAUUUAAAUGUUAGGGGAGGUUUUUAGGUGUUAAUUCACAUCACUAGCAAAGACAGAGAAACAGAGAAAAAGAAAGAGAGCAAUAUGUUCAAAGUGAUUUGCAAAUAUUCCUAUUAGGCAUUUAAAUCAUCCUACCCCACACGAGAUGUUAGAGAUAAUGAGAAAGAGAUUCAAGACGCUGUUGCUAAGGCUCUUUUCCAGCCCAGCGUGGAAAUCUCACUAUAAAUAAUACAUCAAAAAGCUGGUUGCUUUGUGCUUUCCUGCACUUUGAUUCCAAUAUGCAUCCUUAUCAUUAUCAACAGCUCUUUUGAACUGAAGUGUUCCCUGUUUCUUUCAUUGGAAAGUAUGUAUCAUUUAUUAACAUUACUUUAGUCUAGACUUUACUUGGGAAAAUAAUAAAGAAAUAUCAUUUGAUUGAACUAUUCCUUAACCCAGACUCUUUGUUCUGUUUUCUCAAGCACCACUGAGUCCAACAGGAAUGAAAUAAUUUUCUCUUAUAUAUUCCAUUUUGUGAAAAGUUUUAGCAAUCUUGUCAGGUGCUUAUUGUGAAUUGUUGAGGGUUAUAAUUACAUGCAUAUAAUAAAUAAUAUCAGUCAGGGUAUGUUACUUAAAUCUUGAUCCUUAUUUUUUAUAAUCCAAAGGGUUAUUUUUCUUACUUAAUGCUUUAUAAAUCUAAGGAUGUGUUACAUAAAACAUAGCGGUUCACAGGGCCCAGUGAUAUUGUGGUUUUAUGAACCUAUAUAAGAAAUCAACUUUGGAUUGUUGCUUUUGAGGUUGGAAAUUCAAUCCAACUCCAUUUGCACUGUUUUAAGUGACUUAUUAUUUUGAAACAUAUUGUAUUGUAAAGAAUUGUGUUAGAUUUAAUUCUAACAAAAUAUGAAGCCCAACAUACAUCGAGCAUAUCAUAUAUGUUAGAGCUUCAUAAAGUCAUAUCUCACUUGAUUUUCAUGACAAACAUCAGACUUGGGUAUAAAACAAGAGAGAAAAUGGAAACUUCGGUUAAAUAAUGUUCUUCAUGGUCAUACAACUUCUAUGUGUUUUUAAAAAAUUUAUAGUAGGGUUUCUUCUCUAGGUAAAUCUAAUGCAAAAAGUGCAGCUCUUUAUAAUUACCUCACCAAGUAAAGAAGAAAUGAAUCUAACAAUAAGGUUUCAAUUCAGAGAAGAAACAAGAUGGAUGGAUGAAUUUUUUUAUGGUUUCAUGUGUACAUGCACUAUACACAAACAUGUACACUGCUUACAUUAAUGUGACAUACAUCAUAGUCUCUUCUAUUGUAAAAAUACUUUAUGGAGGGUGUGAUUUUAAAAUGUCAUUCUUUGGUAUUUGACCACACAGAAGAUCUAGGUCAGAAGUCCUAAACUACAUUUCAAAGGUCAAAUCUGACUUGCAGUUACAGUCCUCUUGUUUUGUUUUCCUACAUAAUCAAAAUAGAGAUUUUACAUAAAAUCCCAGUUCCAACACCACUUGCAAAUUAUAAGAUUGGUCAUCUUGCACUUGAAUUCCCACAGAGCAUCAGCCAGCCAGAGUUGAGCAGUAGUGCCUCUUUUUUUUUUUUUUCUUUGAGACAGGGUCUAUUGCCCAGGCUGGAGUGCAGUGGGGUGAUCAUGGCUCAUUGCAGCCUCUACCUCCUGAGCUCAAGUGAUCCCAUCUCAGCCUCUUGAAAGCUGGGACUAGAGAGGCAAGCCACCCCACCUGGCCUAGUGGUAGCUCCUUUUAGAUAGAUCCUGUGUUCCCUCUCAUUGCCACAGUCUCCAUUUAUUAGCUGCAAUCACUUGUUAUUUAACUGCCACUAUAAGCAUUUGUGUUUUGUGACCACCAUUAUAGGUUCUAAACAUUAGCUCUAACAAAUUAUAAAAAGUAGGAAUUCUAUGCCUGUUUCCCACACCCAAGAUUCAUCUCCCCUCCUGUGAUAAUUGCCUUUCACUCAUGGGCAGUGUGUAUUGGGUAAACCAGCCAGCUCGGCCAAGGAUGAUUUGACAUAAGCCACGCAGCAUCAUUCACACGCUUUCUCUUAGGGACUUUAAACUUGGAUUGAGAAGAGCUAUUCAAUCUCUGCAUGCAGCUACAACCCUGUCAAUUUGGAAAGUGUAGGGUAGCUGUAUUCAGCCAUUUUGACUGCACAAGUAGAGAGAGCCUAAUUGGAAAAAAAGAAGAGAAAAGUAGACGUGAUAACCACAUUGUCAAGAUCCAUAAGAUUCUCCAAUAGCCUCCUAAUAAACCCUCUUAUCUGCAUAUAUUGUCUAAAAAUGGUUUGCUUCUUAUAGACAUUUGUCUUAGCCUUGAAACCUACUGAUUUCCCCAUGCUAUGGUUCAAUUUCCAAAUCUUUUAAGUUAAAAAAACAAAACCUGGUAUUUUGUUCAGCCCGUCACACAGCAUUACGUUGGUACUUAAAUAAUCUAUUAUAUAUUAUUUGAAAACUGUAAACUACCAUACAAUUCUAAAGUAUUAUUCUCAUGACAGGUCUGGCAAAUGUUCACUAAAUGGAGACACAAUAGAUGAAGAAAAGUGGGAAAAUAUUUGUGGCUAGAGCAGAGCAAGGCACCAAGACCCUUGCAGCUUUUAAGUCAAACUACUGUACUGGCAGUAAAUUAGCACUUUCUGGUGGCUUUUGGGGUGGUCCCAACCUAAAUGGACAUCCCUCUUCUUCAAGACUGAACAUACAGUGGUCUUUCCCAAGCAUGAAUAUGGAAGAAUUAUAUUUCUGUCAUCAGUACUUCUGAGCAAGGCCAACCUUCUUAAGCAACUUCCCUGAGGCACCAGGAUAUGAAUCAGUCAAAACACUGCAAGUGAACAAUGCAAUUUUCUCUCUGCUCAGCAAUGUAGUUAAAAACUGGCAAAUCAGGGUGAACCAUUGUGUCAGGAAGAAUUUGGUUAGAAUGAAACUCCUCCCUAUAUUUCUUAAAUCCAUACAAGUCAUAAAACUCAGAUUAAAUUUAGUUUAUUCCUGAAUAUGAGGGUAUGUCUGAAAAACAGAGCUCAGAUAAUAGGGAAUAGAACAUAACCUUGUUUCCUGUGAUCCUUGUAAAGAAAAACAAUUGCAGGCCUGUUAAUCAUUCAUUAAAAAGACAUUGUAUAGUAUUUGAACACUGAUUAACUUGCACUUAUAUUAUUGACCUGAAUAAAUUACUUGUUCAUUGGCAGAUUAUAAUUUUGUGUGUCAAGGCCCCCAAAAUAAGAACUAGCUUAGUUCUGCACCUAGUAGCAGAAGAGAAGCAGUACCAAAAACAAAACAAAACAAAACAAAAAACCAACCCUCAAAAACUAACAUUACCCUUCAGAGGGAAACGUUUUUAAAAGCAGGAUUGGAAAAGAUUUUUAAGUAAUAUCUGCUGUUACCUUACAAAUCUGUCCAAGUGAAUUUUGAAUAAUUAUUGGAUUAAACAAUAAACAGUCAACCUAAAGCAAAGCAGUAAAAUAGUAUAAUCGACCACAGAGGAAUACUCAAAUCAGCUAAUCUCUCUUAGUGGCUGUCUCUUUUUGGAAUGAAGAGAUAGAUACGCUAGGUCUCUAAAUGUGUCCAGCUGAAAAGAAAAGUUAACAGUCUGAGAUUAACUCAAUUAAAAUCGUGGAAAAAUUUGAUGAGAGACAGUUUAUAGUAUAUUCGUUCUUUUAAAACAAUGGAGCAAGGAGAAGGCUUUUCUACACUAAAUGGUAUCGAUUAUAGAAAGAGUAAACCAAAAACGAUAAUGUGCACAUCUUUUUCAAGCUGAAAAAUGCCUGUUUGAUAAAAUGAUCAUUUCCGUUUUUGAGCAUCCCUUUGCUGAGUAGCGAAUGGCGCGUCGGCGGGGUCGCUAGAGGGCAGACGUCGGAGCACUGAGAUCUCUCGGUUCUGCGGCAUUUUCCCCAGGAGAAGCCGGAGAAGCGACAGCAAGAGCGGAGGCAAGACCCUAGGCAGAGAACUAGGGUCGCGAGGCCGGGGGUUGGACAGCAGCAGAUCGGCGGGUCGCUCUGGCACGCAGUCGGCCUCUCGGGGCGGGGCGGCCGCAGGUCGCGGACGGAUGACGCGCCGGGGCGGGCGGAGGAGCAGCCACUUCCUGGAGCCGCCGGCCGGGGCCGCUCGCUGCACUCAGCUCCGGAGCCGGGAGCCAGCGGCCGCCGCCAUGUCCCACCAGACCGGCAUCCAAGCAAGUGAAGAUGUUAAAGAGAUCUUUGCCAGAGCCAGAAAUGGAAAGUACAGACUUCUGAAAAUAUCUAUUGAAAAUGAGCAACUUGUGAUUGGAUCGUGUAGUCAGCCUUCAGAUUCCUGGGAUAAGGAUUAUGAUUCCUUUGUUUUACCCCUGUUGGAAGACAAACAACCAUGCUAUAUAUUAUUCAGGUUAGAUUCUCAGAAUGCCCAGGGCUAUGAGUGGAUAUUCAUUGCAUGGUCUCCAGAUCAUUCUCAUGUUCGUCAAAAAAUGUUGUAUGCAGCAACAAGAGCAACUCUGAAAAAGGAAUUUGGAGGUGGCCACAUUAAAGAUGAAGUAUUUGGAACAGUAAAGGAAGAUGUAUCAUUGCAUGGAUAUAAAAAAUAUUUGCUAUCACAGUCUUCCCCUGCCCCACUGACUGCAGCUGAGGAAGAAUUACGACAGAUUAAAAUCAAUGAGAACCCAGAGGAUCAUAUUGGGGUACAGACUGACGUGGGUGUAGACACGAAGCAUCAAACACUACAAGGAGUAGCAUUUCCUAUUUCUCGAGAAGCCUUUCAAGCUUUGGAAAAAUUGAAUAACAGACAGCUUAACUAUGUGCAGUUGGAAAUAGACAUAAAAAAUGAAAUUAUAAUUUUGGCCAACACAACAAAUACAGAACUAAAAGAUUUGCCAAAGAGGAUUCCCAAGGAUUCAGCUCGUUACCAUUUCUUUCUAUAUAAACAUUCCCAUGAAGGAGAUUAUUUAGAAUCCAUAGUUUUUAUUUAUUCAAUGCCCGGAUACACAUGCAGUAUAAGAGAACGGAUGCUGUAUUCUAGCUGCAAGAGCCCUCUGCUGGACAUUGUAGAAAGACAACUACAAAUGGAUGUAAUCAGAAAGAUUGAGAUAGACAAUGGGGAUGAGUUGACUGCAGACUUCCUUUAUGAAGAAGUACAUCCCAAGCAGCAUGCACACAAGCAAAGUUUUGCAAAACCAAAAGGUCCUGCAGGAAAAAGAGGAAUUCGGAGACUAAUUAGGGGUCCAGCAGAAACUGAAGCUACUACUGAUUAAAGUCAUCACAUUAAACAUUGCAAUACUAGUUUUUUAAAAGUCCAGCUUUUAGUACAGGAGAACUGAAAUCAUUCCAUGUUGAUAUAUAGUAGGGAAAAAAUUGUACUUUUUGGAAAAUAGCACUUUUCACUUCUGUGUGUUUUUAAAAUUAAUGUUAUAGAAGACUCAUGAUUUCUAUUUUUGAGUUAAAGCUAGAAAAGGGGUUCAACAUAAUGUUUAAUUUUGUCACACUUUUCAUAGUGUUGAUUCCACACUUUCACAUACUUCUUAAAAUUUUAUACAGUUGGGCCAGUUCUAGACAGUCUGAUGUCUUGAAGGAUAAACUUACUACUUUCUUGUGGGACAGAAAGACCUUAGUGUGUGUCUUGGAAAAGGCCAGAAGUUGCUUACUCUGAGUAGCUGUGCUAACUCUUGUCAAACUGUAGGAUCAUGUCUGCAACUUUUAGAAAUAGUGCUUUAUAUUGCAGCAGCCUUUUAUAUUUGACUUUUUUAAAAUAGUGUUAACAUUGCAGAUUAGCUCACUCUGAAACUUUAAGGGUACCAGAUAUUUUGUAUACUACAGGAUUUCUGAUGACAUUGAAGGACUUUAAACAGCUUUAGUAAAUUAUCUUUCUAAUGCUCUGUGUGGCCAAACAUUUAUGUUUAGAUUGAAAUUUGAAUUAAUAUUCAAAAGGAAAAAAAUGUUGAGUUUUAAAAAUCAGGAUUUACUUUUUUCUCCAAAACUACACGUUUAUAGGCAAACUGUGUUCUUUAUUACUUCUGAGCAAAUACUGAGAUUUAAAAUUAAAGUCCUAGUACUUAAGAGGCUAACACAGAUAAACACCUUAAUAAUCUCCUUUCAGUUAAUACUGUAUUUCAAAACAUGUUUAACUGUUCUGAUGCUUUGCAUUUUCAGUUAAAACCUAGAGAGAUUUUGAGCCUCGUAUUUCUCUGAUACUUGAAAUAGAGGGAGCAAGAACACUUCAUGGUUAAUCUGUUAAACCUGCUGCAAGAGCCAUAACUUUGAGGCAUUUUCUAAAUGAACUGUGGGUAUCCAGGAUUUGUAAUUUCUUGAUCUAAACUUUAUGCUGCGUAAAUCAAAUAUCAGAAAUGCACAUUUCAUAGUGUGAAGCACUCAUUUCUAAACCUUAUUAUCUAAGGUAAUAUAUGCACCUUUCAGAAAUUUGUGUUCAAGUAAGUAAAGCAUAUUAGAAUAAUUAUGGGUUGACAGAUUUUUAAAAUAGAAUUUAGAGUAUUUGUGUGGGGUUUUGUUUGUUUACAAAUAAUCAGACUAUAAUAUUUAAACAUGCAAAGUAACUGACAAUAAUGUUGCACUUGUUUACUAAAGAUAUAAGUUGUUCCGUGGGUGCACAUGUAGACUGACAUACAGACACCCAAAUUAUUGCAUUAAGAAUCCUGGAGCUGUGUUGCUGACCAUAGCUAAAGCUGUUAUUUUCAGUCAGGAAGACUACCUGUCAUGAAGGUAUAAAAUAAUAUAGAAGUGAAUGUUUUUUCUGUACCAUCUAUGUGCAAUUAUACUCUAAAUUCUACACUACAUUAAAGUAAAUGGACAUUCCAGAAUAUAGAUGUGAUUCUAGUCUUAAACUAAUUAUUAUUAAACCAAUGAUUGCUGAAAAUCAGUGAUGCAUUUGUUAUAGAGUAUAACUCAUCGUUUACAGUAUGUUUUAGGUGGCAUUAUCAUAACUAGAUGAAUAACAUAUUCCCAAUAAAUUUAUAUAGCAGUGAAGAAUUACAUGCCUUCUGGUGGACAUUUUAUAAGUGCAUUUUAUAUCACAAUAAAAUUUUUUUCUCUUUA